AUGUCCCUAGUGGCCCCAAGUCCCCUGCCGCUAAUCAGCGCUCCUCCACUCGAGAAAAUAACGCCCAGCAAUCUCAAUCAGCUCAUAGCAGCCCGUAGACUUGCUCUCAUUGGCGAUGCUCGCGUCCAGGUCGCGCCACUGGUCGCUCAGCCGAUACCUGGGAGCAGCCAGUCUGUCAAAGGGCCCAGCAAUAUCAGCAUAAACUCUCCUAAUCCCGAAAAUAAUCAUCCUCCAUCCACAACUCAGUCGGCGAGCUCGCUGACCCUCAGCAGCGUUGCCCGACGCAAACAGCGACUCGCCAACGACUCGGUGCCAUCGUCUGCGUAUACAGCCCCGAGCCCUGGCCAUCAUGCUGCCUCACCCUCACAGAGUUCUACUAGCUCUGGGGCAGUGUCGUACAUGUCCAGAAACAUCACGGAGCUUGCUCCGGUCGGCGUCGUUGACAUGCGCUUCCUGAUUCGCCAGCCUCCUACUGUCCAAAAGGGAGCCUCCACCCCGAGUCAAGGACAGAAACCGGGGUCGAAAUCAUCAUCUGUUGGCACUCCUACUAGUCCAUCGGGACCCCUCAGUGUGACCACACCGAAGAAUCAGCGACCAAAAUCGACAGUACGCGCUGCGGCCGCCGUAAUCGGCAAGUCACGGUCUAUGCCCUCCGAUCAACCAGAGGUCACGCUACUCGAACCAGAGAAAGACGCCAACAAACAUCUCAAACAUGCAUUUUUAUUCCGACCGGACUCGGAACAGCCACGAAGUGGUCCAUUUGUUCGCUACAGCCCCAUGUAUCAUUACUACCAUCCAUACCGCAACCUGCAUCGAGAGGCGAUCAAGACCGAAUGGGCACGCCUUCAUCCCGUCGUCGAACGCGCUCCCCCUCAGCCAGAGGAACAGGUGGUCACCCCUCCGCGCCGCACCUCUGGCAGACACAAAAAGGGCGCAAACACUCGUGGCACCGGUGGCAAGGGCAAAGACAAGAAGAAAGGCGCUGCAGCUACUGCAGAUACUACGGCGACUGCUGUAGAGGGAGAAGGAGAUGCUGCCAAUGCCGCUGGAGGUGAUCUGCAAGGAAACGAUGCCACUGCUACCACUCCGCCCCCAACCAAUGGACGGCGCUCACGUGCAAAUGGUAAAGGCAAAGGGGGAGCCGUCAAAGGCGUUGGAAAGGGCAAGAAUACGCGUAAUGCUCUCGCUGCCAGUGGGAAGCGCAAGCGAACCGAAUUCGAAGAGGAAGAAAAGGCCGGAGUUGCCAAGGAAGAAGCGACUCCUACACCUCCUAACAAACGUCCUCGUCGAGGUGCUGCGGCGGCAUCUGCCCUUGCACUCGCUGCUGCCGCUCAAGAGACGGCAGAUGACGCCGGGAGCCCAAAGGACGAAGCUUCGCAUGCCGAAGGUCAAGAGGAUCCCGAGCGCCGCAUUGUUAAACGCAGAAUGCGUCCAAAUGCGCGAAAGACUGCCGCUGCUCGUGCUGCUGCCAUGGAAGCAAAGAAACAGAAAAAGCGCUCGAACGAAGAUGGUGACAUGAGUGGUACUGCCGAAAAUGCCGAAGACGACGAGGGUGCGGAAUCCCUCAAGGACGAAGAAAAUGCCUCCAAGGGCGAAGGCUCACCAAAGCCGGAAACACCUCGAGAUCCUGAUGUCGAUCCUGAAACUCAAAGCGUGGACAAGGAGGACCACCAACAAGGGGACGAGUCCGUUAUUGACCCCGAGGCUGACCAAGAUCAAGACACGGAGAGGAGGAGCAAGCCAACCCGUGGAAAGGGUGGCGCACGAGGAGGACCAAAGGGUAAAGGACGUCGUGGGGGCCUAGCCGCAAUGUCAAAGCGCGGUUCGGCGUUUUCGAUCAACACACGGGGUACACCUCGUGGGACUCCCAAGUCGAUCCCACCAGAAGACGAUACUGAAUCCGUUGCACAUGUUGAUGAUGCUGCCUCCAUCCGAGGGGCGGUCGAGCACGAUGCAAUUGCGCACACGCCUGCCAAGGGAAAAGGAAAGAAGGCGGGUGAGCCCAAACGCCGGGGUAACUGGCGUUCGACGGGUCCCAGUGGUAUUGAAGAAUCUGCUCCAACGACCCCAAUGCUCGGUGUUAUGGACGACGUUCAAAUGGCUAUCUCUACGACAGAGGACGUACUUCCGACUGAAUCGGUGCAUAUUGGAGAGCCUGAAGCGUCAACUGAGAAACACGAAGAAUAA